AUGGUUACUUCUAUAUGUCAAAUAGUGGAACCAACCUCUUACCAGCGGGUAGUAGUACAUCCAGGAUGGAGAGAUUCCAUGGCAAAGGAAUUUACAGCACUUGAAUCUAAUCACACUUGGGAGGCAAGAUUAGUUAUAAGAUGGGAUAUCCAAAGAGAAAGAAUUGACUAUACCGAAACCUUUUCUCCGAUGGUGAAAAUGACAACAAUUCGAUGCAUUCUAAGUAUUGCAGUGAAAAAGAAUUGGACUUUAUUUCAGCUCGAUGUAAACAAUGUAUUUCUCCAUGAAGACUUAGACGAGGAAGUGUAUGUGCGUUUUCCCCCUAGUUUGACUCCCCCAUCUCCAUCACAUGUUUGCAGGCUUCGCAAAUCAUUAUAUGGACUAAAACAGGCUUCGCAUCAAUGGUAUGCAAAACUAUCUUCAGCUUUGGGAACCAGGGAAUUUAUUUAUUCUUUGAAUGACUAUUCCCAUUUCUUUAAGAACACUGGAAAUUUGAUCACUAUCCUUGCGGUUUAUGUCGAUGAUAUUCUGAUAACUGGAAACAAUCAAGCAAAAAUUAGUGAGAUCAAGCAGUUUCUUGACAUUGAGUUCAAAAUAAAAGAUUUGGGGGAGGCUCAUUAUUUUUUGGGAUUAGAACUCCUUCGAGAAUCUGGAGGACUGGUAAUCACUCAACGAAAGUUUGCACUUGAACUCUUAUCUGAAUUUGAUUGGUUGGAUAGUCAUCUAGUUUCUACUCCUUUGGAUCCAACAAGCAAAAUUUCAACAAAUUGUGGAUCUCCUUUGAAUGAUCCAACUAUAUAUUGCAGGCUUUUGGGCAAUAUAAAUUUUUUGACAAAUACUAGGCCGGAUCUUUCCUUUACUGUCCAAAAUUUAAGUCAACAUAUGCAAUCUCCUUGCACUGGGCAUUAUCAAGCAGCUCUACAUACCUUGAGAUACUUAUGCGGUGAUCCCGGACUUGAUCUUUUUAUAUCGCCUACUGCAUUAUUUCAGCUCUUGGCUUAUUGCGACUCUGAUUGGGCAUCGUGUUCUGAUACGCGAAGAUCCAUGAGUGGUUUUUUCUUGAGUCUCGGAGGAUGCACAAUUUCAUGA